AUGGCGUCUGCGGCGCCCUCGACACAAAAUGAUUUCCUCGAGGAUAUCUUCCAAGGCCUGAGGAGCAAAAGCCCUGAAGUCCGCGCACAGUCUGCUCUGGACUUGCAGCGCUAUAUCUCUAGCACGAUUCCAGAGCUCUCAUCUGACGCAGCCGCAAAGCUUUGGGAGGAAACGAUCAACAAGAUUUCUCAUCUCGUCCAUAGUCAGACGCUGAAUGAGAAGUUGGGAGGCAUCUUGGCCAUAGAUCAUUUACUACGUGUUGAGGCCGAGAUUGAAUCCAAGAGUAACCUCUUCCGACUCUACAACUAUGUCAAGGCUCUCCUGCCUGACAGCGACACCAACGUCAUGCUCGCUGCGUCGAAGACGCUUGGGCACAUUGCAGCAAUCAGUGGCCCCGCAUUCGGUGGCGACUACUUCAUGGAUUUUGAGGUGCAGGCCGCUGUCGCAUUGCUCCAGUCAGACAAGCAAGAGUACGCAAGGCACGCCGGGGUGCUCAUCUUGAAGGAGCUCGCUCGCAACAGCCCGGCCUAUUUCCAUCCACACAUUGGCCUUGUCUUCGACAAGCUUCUUGUGGCCCUCCGAGACCACCGAAACGUUGUGCGAGAGAGCGCAGCAGAACUUCUGGCAGCGUGCUUGGAGAUCAUCUCUCAGCGAGAGCGGGGGGCGAGGAGUCCGUUCUUGCUCAAGAUCUUGCAAGACGCGCAGAUGGGGUUGAAGAUGUCGCAAGUCGAGGCUAUUCACGGAUCUCUCAUGACAUAUCGCGAGUUACUGCUACACGGCGGCAUGUUCAUGAAGGAGAACUUUCUCGAUGCCGCGGAACAAAUACUGUCAUUCAAGACUCACAAGGAAUUGACAAUCCGCAAGAUGGUCAUCACGCUAAUACCUACCCUCGCGGUUUACGACACUCAAACGUUCUCGGAGCACUUCUUGCACAAGGCCAUGGCGCACCUCCUCACCCAGCUGGAUAAGAAAGACGAGCGCGUAGUGGCUUUUAUUGCCAUCGGACACGUCGCGACAGCCGUGGGCAGCGAUAUGAAGCCUUUCCUGGAGUCGAUCAUGAUGCACGUGAAAAUAGGCUUGCAGUCAAGAGGAAAAAAGAACUCGCUGUCAGAGGAGCCCAUCUUCCAAUGCGUUGGCAUGCUUGCGCAAGCUGUCGGCCCUAAUUUGACGAAGCUCCUUCAUGACCAACUGGAUCUCAUGUUCGGGUGCGGUCUUAGCGAGCCGCUACGCCAAGCUUUGGUCGCUAUUGCCACCCACAUCCCACCUCUAUUGAAGACCAUUCAGGACCGAUUACUUGAUCUUCUGUCAAUGGUCCUUUGUGGACAGUCCUACCGACCGCUAGGUGCCCCGCCGUCAUUACUCCGAGGCGAUUCUGGGACUGCGAACACGGAGUCCAUACCAAUUGAUGUCGCCAAUAGCACGAAGAGUCCUGAGCUGAUCACGCUGGCCCUGACGACUCUGCACACAUUCGACUUUAGUGGCCACGUACUGAACGAAUUUGUCCACGAUUGUGCACUACCAUACUUGGACCAGGACCAUCCCGAGGUCAGGCGGGCUGCAGCGCUGACGUGCUGUCGCCUAUUUGUGCGGGACCCGAUUUGCUACCAGGCUAGCAACCACUCUAUCGAGAUAAUUAGCGACGUUAUCGACAAGCUUCUGACCGUCGCGAUUGCCGAUCCUGACGCCAGCAUCCGACAAACGGUCCUUUCUUCCCUGCACGAACGCUUCGACAAGCAUCUCGCCCAGGCAGAGAAUGUGCGGUCGCUGUUCAUCGCCGUCAAUGACGAAGUGUUCGAGAAUCGUGUCACCGCCGUCGCACUGAUUGGUCGUCUGGCCAUGCACAACCCGGCCUAUGUCAUGCCCUCCUUACGGAAAACUUUGAUACAGCUCUUGACUGAGCUCGAGUACUCCGGUGUCACGCGCAACCGGGAAGAGUGCACUCGUCUCCUCACCUUGCUCGUCAACGCAACCCAGCGUCUCAUCAAGCCGUACUCCAUUCCCAUGCUUAAGGUCCUGCUUUCGAAGGCUAAUGACCCCAACCCCACGGUCUCCGCGAACAUACUCAUGUGCUUGGGCGAGCUCGCCUGUGUUGGCGGAGAGGACGUCAUGCCGCACGUACCUGACCUCAUGCAGGUCAUCAUCUUCAAGCUCGCGGACCCGUCCUUGCAGAAGCGCGACGCCGCUCUCCACACUCUCGGACAGCUCUGCUCCAGCACGGGUUACGUGGUCCAACCCCUGGUCGAGUACCCUCAACUCCUCCAGAUUCUCAGUAGGAUUCUCCGUACCGAACUCAGCCAGGCUGUCAGGCGCGAAGUAAUCAAAGUCCUUGGUAUUCUUGGUGCCCUCGAUCCCUACAGGCGCAAGAUCAAGCCCGAGGACGAGGCUGCAAACGAAGUAUCGUCGAAUCUAGUUAGCGCACCGUCGCGAAAUCUUACCGGGGCGUCGACGGCUUCGGACGACUACUACCAGACUGUGUCUAUCAACGCCCUGCUGAAUAUCCUCAAGGACCAGUCGUUGAGCAACCACCACCACAAAGUCAUCGAGGCCAUCAUGUCGAUUUUCAAGACUCAAGGGCUCAAGUGCGUGACGUUCCUUCCUCAGAUUAUUCCAGCGUUUGCCGCAGUGGCAAGGACUGCGUCUUCUCGCGUUCAAGUCUUCCAUCUGGAGCAGCUCGCGAUCCUGGUUGGUAUCAUCAAGCAGCAUGUCCGCAACCACACGACAGAGAUUUUCAAGCUCGUACAAGAUCUCUGGGACAACGUUCUAUUACAGCUGCCGCUCAUGUCGCUCGUGGAGGCCCUAGGCAAGGCGCUCGACGCGGAAUUCAAGCCGUUUAUUCCGAUGAUCCUCCCUCCGAUUCUCAAGGUGUUCGAGGGCGAACUCAACGAGAAGACCAGCAAUACGCAGAUGAAGAUAUUUGACGUCUUCCUCACGUUCGGCGCGAACAUCGAGGAGUUCCUUCAGCUCGUCAUUCCUCUCAUCGUCAAGACGUACGAGCGCCCGGACGCGACCACGGCGCUUCGAAAGAAGGCGAUCCAUACGAUUGAAGGCCUCACGAGGCGCGUGAACUUCUCGGAUCAUGCGUCGAGGAUCAUCCACCCGUUGGUUCGUGUGCUGAACACCGCGAAUAACGAGAUACGCCAGGCAGCCAUGGAUGCGUUGUGCGCGCUGAUGAUCCAGCUCGGCUCGGACUUCGCCAUCUUUCACCCGACGAUUCGCAAGACCAUCUUGCGCCACCGUAUCUCGCAUCACAGGUACGAGAAUCUCAUCGACAAACUCCUCAAGGGCGAACGGCUUCCACAGGAGACUUCUGUCCUCGACCUUGCUGGUGACAGCAACAAGUCUGCGGAUUUCCAGGCACCUGCUGAGGCCACCAAGAUGGCCGUUAACCAGCAGCACUUAAAGCAAGCUUGGGAUGUCUCGCAAAUCACAACGAAGGACGACUGGCUAGACUGGAUCCAGAAGCUCUCUGUCGAGUUCAUGCGCGAGUCACCUUCCCAUGCUUUGCGUGCGUGCAUGAGCUUGGUGGAUGUGCACCAGCCACUCGCGAGGGAACUGUUCAAUGCCGCCUUCGUGUCUUGUUGGGGAGAGCUGUAUGACCAGUACCAGGAGGAUCUUGUCCGCUCCAUCGAGUUUGCGAUUACUUCCAGCAACGCGCCUGCAGAGCUGGUCCACAGGUUGCUUAACCUGGCCGAGUUCAUGGAGCAUGAAGAGAAGCCCCUUCCAAUCGAGAAUCGCACACUCGGCGAGUACGCGAUGAAGUUUCACGCCUACGCAAAAGCUCUCCACUACAAGGAGCUCGAAUUCUUCACCGAGACAUCUCCGACGAUCAUCGAGGCGCUCAUUAGUAUCAACUCGAGGCUGCAACAGCAUGAUGCAGCCUGGGGCACUCUACUCAUCGCGCGCGAACAAUAUGAUACGACCAAGCACGAGGAAUGGUACGAGCGGCUCGGUCGCUGGCAGGAGGCUCUCCAGACGUACGAGAAGCGCGCGCUAGAAGAUCCUGGCGCUCCAGACAUUGCCAUUGGUCGCAUGAAGUGCUUGCACGCGCUUGGCGAAUGGGAUCAGCUCGCGAAGCAGGUCGACGAGAAUUGGACGACUUCGAGCUUAGAAGAGCGUAGAGAGAUUGCACCAAUGGCUGCUGCCGCCGCCUGGGCAUUGAAUGACUGGGAGUCGAUGGAUGACUAUAUCCAGACAAUGAAGCCUGACUCUGCCGACCGACCGUUCUAUCGCGCGAUCCUCGCUGUCCACCAGAACCAGUUCCCGAAGGCAAUGCAGCAGAUCGCGAAAGCAAGGGAUCUACUCGACCCUGAGCUCACGUCUCUGGUGGGUGAGAGCUAUGGUCGAUCCUACAACACAAUGGUCCGAGCACAGAUGCUCUCGGAGCUCGAGGAGAUCGUCAAUUACAAGCAACACGCUGAUCAGCCGGAUCGUCAAGCUGGCAUGCGGAAGACAUGGAUGAAGAGGUUGCAAGGAUGUCAACCCGACGUCGAAGUAUGGCAGCGCAUUCUGCAAGUGCGCGCGCUGGUGCUUUCUCCUGAAGAUGAUCCUGUCAUGUGGAUCAAAUUCGCCAACCUGUGCCGCAAAUCGGAGCGCAUGUUCCUUGCCGAGAAGACGAUCAAUUCUUUGCUAUGGCCCGAUAGGCAUCAUCAGCCCCCUGGCUACCGCGAGCAGCAGUAUUCAAAAGCGCCUCCUAUGGUCAUCUACGCCCAUCUCAAGUGCAACUGGGCGAAGGGCGAGAAAGAGGACACGCUCCACUACCUGCGCGACUUCUCGGCGAAGCUGGCUCGUGACAUCCAGAGUGGAACGACACCCCGCGCUGAGCCAGUCGGCAACAGCAAGUUGGAGGAGCUGUCUCGUCUGCUGGCCCGUUGCUACUUCAAGCUCGGCGAAUGGCAAUUCGCGCUCAAGGAGGAGUGGGAUGCACGUAACAUCAAGGACAUUCUCCAGUCGUACUAUCUAGCAACGCACUACGAUCCUGCAUGGUACAAGGCGUGGCACACCUGGGCGCUGGCCAACUUUGAGGUCGUCAGCUUCUUGGAGAACCAGCAGUACAAUAAGAUUGGCGAGGUUCCUAGCAACGAGCUUGCAGCCCACAUCGUAUCCGCCGUCACCGGUUUCUUCCGCUCAAUCUCUCUGAGAAAUGAGAACGCCUUACAAGACACUCUCCGUCUGCUCACGCUGUGGUUCAAGUACGGUGCUCAUGAUGAUGUCAGCCACGCUAUGAGCGCUGGAUUCACCGAUGUUGAGGUCGACACAUGGCUCGAAGUCAUUCCUCAGAUCAUCGCCCGUAUCCAGACGCCGAGCAACAACAUCCGCCGCAACAUCAACAACCUUCUUACCGAAGUUGGCAAGCAUCACCCGCAAGCGCUCGUCUACCCUUUGACGGUCGCUUCAAAGUCCUCGAGUGCAGUUCGGAAGAAAGCCGCUCUCAACAUUAUGGACCGAAUGAGGGAGCACAGUCCAAUCAUUGUCGAACAGGCUCUCCUUAUCAGCCAUGAGCUCAUACGAGUCGCCAUUCUCUGGCACGAGUUGUGGCACGAAGGUCUGGAAGAGGCUUCCCGCUUGUACUUCACCGACCACAAUCCUAUGGGCAUGAUCGCCUUCUUGGAGCCCCUUCACGACAUGCUCGAGAAUCCGAAGACCGCUCGCGAGAUAUCGUUCGCUCAAGUGUUCGGUCGCGACCUUCAUGAAGCCCGCGAGGCUUGCAGACGGUACACCAUCUAUGGCGAAAAGCGUGACCUAGAGAAGGCUUGGGAGAUCUAUUACGGAGUGUUCAAGAAGAUCGAGAAGCAGCUACCGCAGCUGACGACGCUUGAUCUGCAAUAUGUCUCGCCCGAGCUUCUCAAGGCGAGGAACCUCGAGCUAGCUGUGCCUGGUACCUACCAGAGCGGCAAGCCGGUCAUCAAGAUCCAGAGCUUCGCGCCGAAGCUCACUGUUAUCUCCUCGAAGCAACGGCCGCGUCGGCUAGGGAUCAAGGGAAGCGAUGGGAAGGACUACCAAUUCGUCCUCAAGGGUCACGAAGAUCUGCGGCAAGAUGAGCGUGUCAUGCAGCUCUUCAGUUUGGUCAACGGCCUUCUGUCAGUGGACACCGACUGUUUCAAGAGACGUCUACACAUCCAACGCUUCCCUGUGAUUCCGCUUGCGCCCAACGCAGGUCUUCUGGGAUGGGUGAAGGACAGCGAUACUCUACACGUGCUCGUUCGGGACUACCGGGAGUCGAGAAAAGUAUUGCUAAAUAUCGAGUAUCGACUAAUGCUGCAGAUGGCACCGGACUAUGAGAACCUCAUCUUGCUGCAGAAGAUCGAGGUAUUCGAAUACGCGCUCGAGAACACCACCGGUCAAGAUCUCUAUAGAGUCCUCUGGCUCAAGAGCGUCAACUCAGAACAUUGGCUGGAGCGCCGUGCGACAUAUACUCGGUCACUCGCCGUCAACAGCAUGGUCGGCCAUAUCCUCGGUCUCGGCGACCGUCACCCAUCCAACCUCAUGCUGGAGCGUAACACCGGCAAGGUGGUGCAUAUCGACUUCGGUGACUGCUUCGAAGUGGCCAUGCACCGCGAGAAAUUCCCCGAGAAGAUACCCUUCCGAUUGACCCGGAUGCUCACCCAUGCAAUGGAAGUGAGCGGUAUCGAAGGAAGCUUCAGAAACACAUGCGAGAUCAGCAUGAAGGUCCUACGAGAGAACAAGGAAUCCCUAAUGGCGGUACUCGAGGCCUUCGUCUACGACCCGUUGAUCAAUUGGCGAUUGAUGCAACCUGAUGUCGAACGUCGAGCAGAAGGUGACAGCGGCCGCGCGGCGGACCUGGUUCGCGCUGCUGCGUAUCCCACCGCGCCGAUCCGCAAAUUGAAAGCGGACGAGAACGACAUUCUGAACGAGGCGCAAGAAGUCCGGAACGAACGUGCACUGUUCGUGUACAGACGCGUCCAAGAUAAGCUCACAGGACGAGACUUCAACCCAGAGGAGGUGCUCACCGUGCCUGCUCAGGUGGACAAGCUGAUUCUGCAGGCGACAUCGUUGGAAAACUUAUGCCAAUGCUUCUCCGGAUGGUGUGCUUUCUGGUGA